AUGACGACUGUUCUGUUGGCGUUAUGUGUUUGUUUUUGCUUAGGGAUAGCUGUAUCGAAUCCGACAAAGGCAACACAUAAACAAAAUGAUACAAUAAUUAAACAUUCACAAAAUAUUACGAAAGACGAAAUACCUGAUGAAGGGUGGGAGUUUGAAAACACAACUGUUGUGGACACUAGAAGGAUUUUAUACAGCAAAAGAGUUGCUAUAGGAAAGCGGCCAUACAUGGUAUACCUACAACUAACAAAAGAGUCUGCAAAAGCCCACAAAUACCGUGGCUGGCUCUGCGGAGGAGUAAUCGUCCAUCCCCUCUACGUCCUCACUUCUGCAGCUUGUGUGGAAGACGCUGAUCACUUCUAUAUAGUCUCUGGCACGACCAAAUUCGUGGACAGCUUUGACUAUAAAUCAGAUGAGUGUGUUUGUAAACGUCGACGGAGGGUGGUUUGGAAGUGUAUACCAAAGAACUACAAAUUUGACUUCCAAGACAGCAUUAAAUGGUCAGCCAAUGACAUAGCAAUUGUAAAAGUUGAUAAACCGUUCAAACUUGGUGUUUUGGAGAGUGGAUGUGAAUUUGCAACUGAUCUGGUGUGCUAUAACAACGUCAGCCGGGAGCUGGAGAAAGCGGGAACCAAAGGGUUUAUCGCUGGAUGGGGGAGUGGGAACCAGUUUAGAGAGGGUGUCUACCGAAGUGACAGUGUCCAUAUACCAGAAAAUUCAAAGUACCUACAAGAUGCCAAAGUUUGUGUGAUGGAUAACGAACAAUGUGCCAAGAAAUGGGCGCAGCGUUUCCGAAGUAUCAUUACACAGUAUAUGAUCUGCACUAAGGAUGUCAUGAAGCGUCUCAGUGAAAUUUGUGAUAAGAAAUAUGCAAACUGCACCGACGUUGAAGUAAGACGGCAACUGGAGGAUCGCAAGGAUGAGGAAUCUAUCCAUGUAGACUUGGGGAGACAUCUCCGCGAUCCUGACGACUACACAGCUAGACGCGCGUAUAAACAGGGUGGAUUUUGUGAGAACGAUCACGGUGGACCACUGUUAGUAAAAUAUCAAGGCAAGGAGCGAGUUGUCGGCGUGAUAUCGGCCUGCAAGAUUGACCCCAAGACUCACAACUGCCACGGGCCCUUCCUCUACACCAGCGUAUUUAAGAAUCGCCAGUUCAUCUCGUGUUCUAUUAAUAAGGAUAUUGAAGAGAACUGUAGACGUGUAUUCCGAACAGGCAUUACGCAUGAGGAAUUUUCAGUUGAUUGGAGUAAUGUGGAUGAAGACAAUGACGAUAGAGCUGAAAGCAAUAAUGAUAGAGACGAUGACGACAGCGACGAAGAAGAUAGACUAGCCUUGAGGGAAGAAAGCGUUUCAAAUAAACCAAAAAUGGUUAAAGCUGAUUCAGAGGACUCCGCUGAUUCUGACGAAGAACCGUUGACUACUCAAAAACCCGAGAAAAAAGAGGAAAUAAAAGAGAAAAAACGAAGUAAAUCAAAGAAGAGGAAAAGCAAGAAGCGGUCAGGUAAAACCAAGAGGGAAGAAAGGAAAGUGGUUAAAGUGUCUUACGAGUCGAGUCGUGAUGAGAAUGUAAAUGAACCUGAUGAAUAA